UCGGAAUACGAAAAACGCCUUCGUUGACAAGCAGAAAGUGAAAGAAAAGUCAGACGUUACACAACGUACGCUUCGAGGAUAUUUUAUUCUCACCGUUUCAAAAGGACAUUUUCUGUUUCUCCCAUUAUAUUCUGUGGAUAACUGAAGUUGAGAGGAGUGAAAGUCUCUACAGGUAUAGGAGCUGACGCAUCCACUGAAGAGAAUAUGCGCGGAUACUCUCAUUUUUUGAUUCUACUGAGUCACGUAUCAGAAGUCUUGGCCGUAGUCGACAUGAAGUGCAGUGCCGAGAGUCGCGACAGAAGCGCUGUGCUGACAUGUGUAGCAGCUGGAAACUGUGAAGAGCAAGUCACCAUUGCUCACCUCAUGUGGAAAAGGGAUUCAGUGCCACUUGUUACACUGUCAGAAAACGGAAUUGAGAGCAAGGAACCAGAGCGCUUUGAAUUAAAGGAGGAGCCAUGGCAUGCCGAUUCCUGGGCCACUUCUCUGCAGAUAAACAACGUUAAAAGUCAGGACAAGGGAAGGUACAGCUGUAGUGUAAUCACUGAUUGUGGUGUAUGGAAAGGAUCAGUUUAUUUGGACAUUCCAGAAACCGUGGAACUCCCGAAUCCAACACCACCACCACCACCGUCAGCAGAUAAUGGAGUAAUUGGAAAACGGGAACAGGACCCGAUACCCCCUGCUGAAAACACAGGACACCAUAAAGCAGCACUGGCAGGAACCGUUGCAACCCUUGUUGUGCUGAUCGCUGUGUUUGUUGCUGUGCGAAAACGGCAUCUCAUUGAGCAGCAGACGAGCAGGUUGCGGUUCAUUUUCCAUAAAAGAGCCGCACAAGCAGAAGAGGAACAGGAGCAGUACACCAAGAACAUCACGGAAGAGCAUGAUCCAGUGUAGAGAAGAUGGCACAGACACAAAUUUGGGGGUCUCUCCCCACUGCUCUUCCCCCUGUACACCAACAACUGCACCGCUAAAGACCCCUCUCUCAAACU